AUGAUUUUUACCUCCCUGCAAUUGUUUUCCAUUUGCUUUUUGGAUUAUAGCCUCUUCUGGAUGCUGGCCACCAUGUCGUACUAUGGCCAUCAGAAGUCCGGACUAGAAGUGCCUGCCUAUACAGAUCUGAAGAUCAAAGGUGGAGGGUUUUUGGUUGAAAUAAUGCGAGGGAUAUCCAAGGGGUUUCGGCCCCUCACUCAGAAAACCGUCUUGGAAACGAGUGAAUGUUUGCCUCAGCCUGUAGAACCGAACCAUUACAGAUAUGCUGAGAUAUUGGGACUCUGUCUAUUCGCCUGGCUGGUCCUGCUGACGGAGCCGUAUUUCCUGCGCCUACGUCAUGUGAUUAUGCGUUGCUUCUACCCGGAGCGAGACCAUGAGAGGGCCAUGUAUCUGCACAACAAGAUCUUGACUGAGCAAAUAAGCGUAUUCAAGUUGGCCCGUCGCCAGAUCCGCGCUGCCUUAAUGUACCAGGAUCGAAAAGGGCACAUCAGCUCGUUCAGGGGCAAUCUGAAUCGAUGCUGCUGUUGUGCCUGUCUGGUUGGUGCCAUGAGUAGUGAUAUCUGCAUCAUUUGCGCCAAGUCCUUAAGCUCUUCCACCCGCAUAAAUUGCGACUCACUAGGACGCAAAGGUGUCUUCUGCCCGAGGUGUUUCAGCGAAUCCAACAACAAAUGCUGCCUGUGUCAUCGCCCAAUAGAUUAUGGCGAUUUAAGUGAUUUCUCUGUAGUUCAGGACUCAUCUGAUGAUCCUGAUGCACAAUCGUUUACGCAGAAGCAAGCUAGGUUGGAUUGCAAUGGAUAUCGCAAGAAAAGAAUCAAUAUUUAA